AUGUCUGUCCGUUGUUCUGUGUUCAUAAUCUCUCCAUCUCAGUCUAUUCCUUAUCUAUCUAUCUAUCUAUCUAUCUAUCUAUCUAUCUAUCUAUCUAUCUAUCUAUCCAUCUAUCCCAGUGUAUUCAUAUCCAUCUAUCCAUCCAUCCAUCUAUCCAUCUAUUUAUCUAAUUCUUCUCUUCAUAUCUAUCUAUCUAUCCAUCCAUCUCCUUCACAUCUAUCUCAGUCUCUUCAUAUCUAUCUAUCUAUCCAUCUAUCUAUCUAUCUAUCUAUCUAUCUAUCUCGCUUCAUAUCUAUCUCAGUCUCUUCAUAUCUAUCUAUCUAUCCAUCCAUCUAUCUAUCUAUCCAUCUAUCCAUCUAUCUAUCCCUGCCUUCAUAUCUAUCUCAGUCUCUUCAUAUCUAUCUAUCUAUCUAUCUAUCUAUCUAUCUAUCUAUCUACCUAUCUAUCUAUCUCGCAUCAUAUCUAUCUCAGUCUCUUCAUAUCUAUCUAUCUAUCUAUCUAUCUAUUUAUCUCGCUUCAUAUCUAUCUCAGUCUCUUCAUAUCUAUCUAUCUAUCUAUCUAUCUAUCUAUCUAUCUAUCUACCUAUCUAUCUAUCUCGCUUCAUAUCUAUCUCAGUCUCUUCAUAUCUAUCUAUCUAUCUAUCUAUCUAUCUAUCUAUCUAUCUAUCUAUCUCGCUUCAUAUCUAUCUCAGUCUGUUCAUAUCUAUCUAUCUAUCUAUCUAUCUAUCUAUCUAUCUAUCUAUCUAUCUAUCUAUCUCAGUCUCUCCAUAUUUAUCUAAGUCGCCCACACUUUCUCUCUUUCUUUCUUUUUCUCCUCUCAGUGUUUGCUCUCUUUGCCUCCUUCUCAUCCUACCUAACAACGAUUUCCUAUUCUCUCUGUUUGCUUCUUUCUCUCAUUCUUUCCAUUCUUUCUUUCUUUCUUUCUUUCUUUCUUUCUUUCUUUCUUUCUUUACUUCCAUUCUUUCUUUCUUUCUUUCUUUACUUGCAUUCUUUCUUUCUUUCUUUGACUGAAUGUACGUUUUUGCUUCUCCCGUGUCUCUCUUUUUCUUCUUUUACUUCAUUGUCUCUCUCUCUCUCUCUCUCUCUCUCUCUCACUUUUCAUUUUCAUAUUCCUCUAUAUUUUCUUCCUCUAUAUCUUAACUUCCCUGUACUUCCCCUCCCUAUAUCCCCUUCACUCACUCUUUCUCUUUCAAAUUCCUUUUUAUUCUCUUCCUCUCUCUCUCUCUCUCUCCUUACUCUCCCUAAUUUAGCGUCUUUUCUUCUUCUUUGCAUUUUUCCAUUUUCUACAUAUAUACUGCCCUCUUUCUCUUUUUUUCUGACUCUCGAUUCUUUCUCUCCCUCUCUCUUUCCCUCGCUCUCUCCCUCUCCCCCCCUCUCUCUCUCUCUCUAUAUAUAUAUAUAUAUAUAUUCUUUCUUUCCCUUCCUUUCUAACUCUUUUUUCUCUCCCUUUAUUUCUGACUCUCUAUUUUUCUCUCCUUCUAUUUCUGUCUCUCUUUUCUUUCUCUCCAUCUCUUUCUGUCCUUUUUAUUCUUUCCUUUCCUUUCUUUCUAUUCUCUGUCUUUCUUUCUUACUGUCUUUCUGUUCUUUCGCUCCCUCUCUUUCUGUCACUCUCGUCUUUCUCCCCCUUUCCUUCUCUAUCUAUUUCCAUUCUCUUGUUUUAUCUCGCUGUUCGUUCUCUUUCCCUUUCUCUCUUUAUCUAUCUAUCUAUCUAUCUAUCUAUCUAUCUAUCUAUCUACUGUGUUCUCUCUCUCUCUCUCUUUCUCUUUCACUAUAUGUAGUAAGAUAUAUAUUAAUCUUCUCCCUCUCUCGCUGCAUCUACUUUUUCUCUUCUCUAUCAUCUGUUAUUUCUCUCUUUCCCUCCUUCUUUCUUCAUAUGUGUUUGAGUGCGCGCGCGUGGUCCUUCUUUCCUCUCACGUACUAUCUAUUGUUUUUUUCACUUUCUGUUGCUUGCUCUCUCUCUCUCUCUCUCUAUCUAUCUAUCUAUCUAUCUAUUCAUCUAACUAUCUAUCUAUCUACUGAUCGAUCGAUCGAUCGAUCGAUCGAUCGAUCGACCCGUUGUUCCUCUUUGUAUAUAUUUAUCUAUUUCGGUAUAAGUCUUUCUGUCUCGCUCUGUUUAUUAUUCCUUCUCCCUAUCGUUCCCACACACUUUCUCACUCUUCCCUUCCUCCCUCUCUCCCUCCCUCCCUCUCUCCCUCCCUCCCUCUCUCCCUCUCUCUGUCUCUCUCUCUCUCUCUCUCGUUCUCUCUUUCAUUUCUCGCACUCUCUCUUUCUCCUUUUACCCGCUCUUUCUUUUCACCCGCUUAACUCUUCUGUGAAUGGUUUUCGUUUCUAUGGUUCUGCUUUCAGUUUUCAUCUCCCCCACAUUCUCACUCACUCACUCUCCUCGGUCACACCUUUCACGAUCUUUCUCUCUUUUGACAUUCACUCUCUUUCUCUCUUAAUUAUUUUUCCUCACUUUCCUUUCCUCUACUUUUCUGCUUCUCUUUUCUCUUAUUUUCUUAAGUGA